AUGACUAGACUCAUCUGCCACCUCUGCCGCAAGACCAACUUCGGACCGUAUCCAACAGAAGACAAGGUCCUCGACCACCUCCGCUACGACCACGGCCUAGAAUGGAUCUGCACCUCCAAAGUUCCAGCCAUCCGCAAGCGCCAGGACGCAGCCUGGGAGGUGCUCUACGAACGCGUUGAAGAUGCGCUCGACCAGUUUCAGCAACGCCAAGCGCGCAACUGGGAGGCCUUCGCGGCCGACCCUUCCAAGCCCCUGAUCCCAACUCAGCAUGGCGAUCUCGUCAACCUCCACGAGAGACGUGAGGCGGUGACGUCUAUCGCAGAGGACGAUGUGGGUAUCGACCCGGACGGUGACCGUGGUCUUGACGACACCCGUGGGCUGGACGAAUUGAGGAGGAACCAGCAGUUCGAGCUGAAGACGGAGGGUUAUGCGACCAGUUUGCGCUACAGCCACAAUUGUGAGGCGGCGAAGAUGGACCGUGAGAGGGUGAAGGCGUUCUUGGCGGCGAAACCCGGGACUCCGUUCGGCCGGUUCAUGGAGGAUUAUGGAAGAGAUUUGCGCGCGCUCUCUUUGGAGGAUACCGCCGUCGACUAUGCGGCUGCUCGGGAUGCUGAUCUCCGGGCUAUGGGGGUUGAGCUGCGGAACUCGCCUGCGACUAAGGGGAAGAAGGACUCGGAAGCUGCGUCUAAGGGCGUUGCGGAAGGUCAAGAUGUGGUGAUGGGGGAGGAUGUAUCUGCAGAAGUUGACGCGAUCGUUGGUGGCAUCGAUGAGCUGUUGAACGCUUUCGGUCUCUCAAAAAUGCCCCAGCUCACCUGUCCAAUCCCAGGCUGUAAGGAAACGAGAGCCGAACAGAAAAGGAUCAACUCACACCUACGCUCUGAUCACGACUGCGCCAUUCCGAAUCACCAUGGCGGGAACAUGAACAAGCUCAGGAGGGAGCAGCAAGCGUUCUUCACCAAGUGGUUGCAGAAGCAUGGCUACGCAAGAGAUAUUUCGCUGUUCGAGACCAGGAAGUAUCUGGCGGGAAGCAAUCAGGAGAGCGGUGGGAGUGCAACCGAUGACGACGGCGACGACAGUGCGGAAAACGCGAUCGAUGAUCUGGGCGCUGAAGCCGAAACAGCCGCGUAUGGAAGGUCUGCUAGGCGUCGUUCGGUACGUCUUGAGGCCGCUGCACAGCCUGACAAGGUUGUGAGCAGUGUCUUGACCUUCGAAGAAUCGCAUGUGGUCGCUCGGGCACGUAUGAAGAAGGCGCUGGAAGACUGGCUGGUGCUCGAUGGACUCUUGGAGGAAAAACGGGUUCAGAAGGAGCAAGAGGAGGAAAGGCUGCUUCAGAGGUACAGGUGA